AUGAUGAUCAAUAGCCUUAAUCACAGUGAUUAUUCAGAUAAAAUGCAGAGAUGUCAAGAUUAUAUCCAUGCUUUAGAAGAAGAACAUAAAAAGAUUCAAGUUUUUCGACGCGAACUUCCUCUUUGUCUUGAGCUUGUCACUGAAGCAAUUGAUGCAUGCAAGAAACAAUUAUCUGAUGGGCAAUCUGAGAAUUCUGAGCAGAUAUCAAGUGAAGGGCCAAUCUUGGAGGAGUUUAUUGCUAUAAAGAAAGUUUCAUCCAGUUCUGAUGAUGAUGAACAAUCCAAGAAGCCAAGUGAAAAAAAUAGCAAGAAUAAUAACGAGAAAUCUUCCAAGAAAUCAGAUUGGCUCAGAUCUGUUGGGCUAUGGAAUCAAACCCCAGAUCCAACCUCGGAAGAGGAUUUACCCAAAAAGGAAAGUUCUGGUGCAUUUCAUCCAUUCAAGAGACAAGAUAAAAGUGCAGGUACUGGAAGUGCUACUGCACAAGGGGUAAUGACUAGGUCAGUGCCGGCAGCGGCGGUGGCGAAGAAAGGUGCUGGUGGAAGUAAGAAAGAAGGACAAUCUGAAAGAAAGUCAAGGAGAACAUGGUCAGCUGAGCUGCAUAAAAGAUUUUUGCAAGCCCUUGAACAACUUGGUGGUUCACAUGUAGCUACACCAAAACAAAUUAGGGAGUUCAUGAAGGUUGAUGGACUCACCAAUGAUGAAGUUAAAAGUCAUUUACAGAAAUAUCGGUUACAUACAAGAAGAUCACCAAGCCACUCUAACAAUAAUCAGCAAUCACCUCAAUUUGUUGUGGUGGGAGGAAUAUGGGUUCCACCAUCGGAAUAUGCUGCAAUGGCUACAACCACCGCGUCUGGGGAGGCAUCUGCUGUUUCUGCCACGUCUAAUAGAAUCUACGCACCAAUUGCUACACUACCAUCACCCUUCCCGGGAACAUCAACGUCCCCUAAACAAAGGCAUCAACAUAAACAAGUUCGUUAUAAUGACUUAGGCAGCCAUAGAGAGGGCGGAGAUAUCCACUCUCAUUCCCCGAUUGCCUCAUCCUCCGUUGACACCACCAAUACCUCGUCGACUCACUGA